AUUGAUAUCCUGGAGGACAGACGGCACAGCAGUGAUCUUAGCUUCGCCUUCAGGACCUUCAGCCCUCAGCCGUACAAAGUGGCCCCGCCCUGCUCCACCGCGGAGCUCAAUCGAGUUGUGUUGGAGUCCCAGUUUCUGCGCUAUGUGACCAAAGAGGUUGCCGUGGAGAUGGAAUUAUCUGCGGAAGAAGUGCAGGAAGAGGCUCGGGGCAUUUUGGGGGAAAUGUCUCAGAACCUGCAGCUGGGGUUUAUCAGGCUGAUGGCCUACACCUUCAACAAAGUGUUCAAGAGACUCUAUAGCAGCAUCUUUGUCAACAUGGAGGGACUCAACAGGCUUCAUCAAGCCACUCAGGAGAAUCCUGUCAUCCUGAUGCCCAAUCACAGAAGCUACGUCGACUUCUUGGUCAUCUCCUACAUCAUGUUCCUCUACGACAUCCCCAUCCCUGUUAUAGCAGCAGGAAUUCCUCUUGCAGGGAUGAAGAUUGUGGGAGAGAUUCUGCGGCGUUCUNUGGGGCGUUCUUUAUCCGACGCGCCAUCGGCUCUGACAAACUCUAUUGGGCG